AUGGGCAAUUACAUCAACAACAACCCACAGCUCUUCAAUCAACUCACUUCCCUACCAGGCAGUCUCCACCCCUACACGGGCUCCCUCGCAACCAAGGCCGUGAACGGGACACUGGUCUGCGAGACUCCCGAAUGUUCGAUGGCAGCUGCUUUGAUCCGCGCCAACAUGGACGUGACAGUGAACCCAUGUUACGACUUCUAUACAUUCGCUUGCGGAGGCUUCCUCGACAGACACCCCGCUCCUCCUGAUUGGAAUACAUUUGCCGAUGCGGGUAGCCUUCUCGAUGAGCGCCUCACGCUGCUGCUGGAGACGCCAGCCGCCGCUUCCGACCCGCCCCCGCUGUUCAUGCUCAGGAGGGCGUACAAUGCCUGCAUGGACACGGACGGCAUGGACUCGCUGGGCUUGGCCCCUCUAUGGGGAGCGUUGCAAGGCAUCGGAGGCUGGCCCAUGGUUGACCCCGCAUGGGAUCCUGCUUCGUACUCCACCGAAGCCUCCUUGGCUUCUCUGCGUGACCUCUUCAUCACGCCUAUGUUCGGCAUGGCCAUCUCUGCCGACGUAUUCAACACCUCACACUUCAUGAUUUAUGUGGGCGAAGGUUCUCCGGGCAUCAACUAGACCGUCCUCGCCAAUCCGAUAAUUUUCUCUGGAAU